GCCAAGAUCCAAGACAAGGAAGGAAUUCCUCCGGAUCAGCAGCAGCUGAUUUUCGCCGGCAAACAGCUUGAAGACGGUCAAACUCUCGCCGUUUACAAUAGCCAGAAGGAGUCGACUCUCCAUCUGGUUCUCAGGCUUCGAGGAGGUAUGCAGAUUUUUUUCAAAACCCUAACCGGCAAGACCAUCACGCUCGAGGUUGAAAGCUCCGACACAAUUGACAAUAUGAAAGCUAAGAUCCAAGACAAGGAAGGGAUCCCUCCUGAUCAACAGCGUUUGAUUUUCGCCGGAAAGCAGCUCGAGGAUGGUCGGGCCUAUUACAAUAUACAGAAGGAGUCCACCCUCCAUUUGGUUCUGAGGCUUCGUGGUGGGAUGCAGAUCUUUGUAAAGACUCUGACAGGAAAGACAAUUACUUGGGAAGUGGAGAGCUCGGACACCAUUGAUAACGUGAAGCCCAAAAUCCAAGACAAGGAGGGCAUUCCUCCGGACCAACAGAGAUUGAUCUUUGCUGGUAAGCAGCUCGAGGAAGGGAGGCCCCUUGCGGACUACAACAUUCAGAAAGAGUCUACGCUGCAUUCGGUGUUGAGGCUUAGGGGAGGAAUGCAGAUAUUUGUUAAGACAUUGACUAGGAAGACCAUCACAUUGGAGGUGGAAAGUUCGGUUACAACUGAUAAUGUCAAGGCUAAGAUUCAGGACAAGGAGGGUAUUCCGAUGGAUCAGCAGAGAUUGAUCUUUGAUGGCAAGCAGCUCGAGGAUGGGUGCACUCUUGCUGAUUACAACAUAUAGAAGGAGUCAACCUUUCACCUUGUCUAUGAUGGUGAUUUCUGAAAUCCAUGCAUUUUAGUUUAUUGGCUUGUUGUGGUUCUAGUUGGUUUGUGAUCGAAGAUAGUUUCUUUAAUGAGUAGAUAGUUUCUUAAUGUUCUGUAGUUUCGUGUUACUGCUCUUGGGUUCUAAUGUUGACUUUGUCGAAUUGAAUAAAAUCAUGUUGUGUUCUGUAUUAUACACCUUCUUGCCAUAUGAGUCUAUAUGUGAUUUGGUUUCUAUUUUUUUUUUUUUUAUUUUGGUUUUGUUAUGGAUGCAAAUUGGAAUAUUUUUGGCGGAUAUUUGAAUAUUUAAUAUAUGUGAAAUGUGGCAUGAUGUUGAAGGAGGUAAUUGUUGAAGAUUUAUAUUUACGAGACCAAAACAAUGUUUCGGUGAUGAUAUUCAACUAUUGUUUUCAACCCUUUUGAU